UGUUUGGAUCUUGUCAAGGCGUGGUUCGAAGAUUGUGUACAGAAUCACAAAGAGUGUGAGCCAGUCUCUCGGGAUUGGUACCCGACCCGGCUUUUACACCUCGACAAUGACUAUGCGAGACUCAUAAUCUGCGAUGAGGAGCGUCCCACUGGACCAUACGCAACGCUCAGCCAUUGUUGGGGAAAAGAGCCAUUCAAAGUGUUGAACAAGAGUACUUUGGCCCAAUUUCGGAAUGGCAUCCCGAUCGCUACCUUUCUAGCUUCCUUCCGGGAUGCCAUGAGAGUAGUUUUGAGUCUCGGGCUGAAAUACAUCUGGAUUGAUUGCUGUACCAUAUUUCAGGGUGACGAUGAUUUCAGCAGGCUUGAUUUCGAGCAAGAAGCAAAACUUAUGCAUCUCGUCUACGCCAACGGCGCCAUUAAUAUCGGCGCUGCCAGUGCUGGCAAUCCUUAUCAUGGUUGCUUUCCUUCUAGAGCACCGCUGAAAACACUCUGGAGGUGGGUCAUGCAGGAACGAACGCUGUCGAAUCGAAUGGUACACUUCACCGACAGCCAAAUAUUGUGGACCUGCAAUACCUGCGGGAGAUUUGAGGCGGCCCCGAUAGCUUCGCAUCCGAAGGCGACGGAGAAGUACCGGGAAACGCAAUCUCACCUACUCUUCCUCUGGAACGUCAUCAUGCAGCAAUAUUCGGCAUUGGACCUGACCUAUCCCGAGCGAGACAAAUUAUACGCCAUCGCGGGUGUUGGGACCCAAGUGGCGAGAUUGCUCGGAUAUACUUACAUUAACGGCAUCAUGAUGGAAAUGCUUCCUAGCUCGCUGCUCUGGUCCGCGCUCGAGGAUGAUGAGACCGGUGUCAGACCGCAGCGCACGCAGAAUCGAAGUCUUCCCUCAUGGAGCUGGGCAUCGAUGGACGGACCUGUGAAUUUC